UAAUUAUUUAUUUAUAUUUUUAGGAUUAGAGCAAGAUGAAUUAAUUAUUCAGCAACAUAGAGAAAUUGAAAAAGAGAUCUCGGACUCAAUUUUACUAAUUGGCCAAAAAGAAGAAUUAACUUCAUUAGAAUCAGAAUAUGUUAAUGAUCCUGUAUAUCUUACAAAAGUUCAAGAUUUAAAUAAAAAGUAUACAUGUAUGCGACGUGCCAGACCUGAUGGAAAUUGUUUUUUUAGAUCUUUUGCAUUUGCAUAUUUUGAAUAUUUAAUAGAUCAUACAGAAGAAUAUAAACAUUUUAAAGAAAGAGCUUUGAAAAGUAAAGAUGAACUUAUUUCUUGUGGUUUUACACAGUUCACCCUUGAAGAUUUCCAUGAUACAUUUAUGGAAGUUGUAAACAUGAUUGGUGAAGGUCAACAUGAAAAACUUUAUGAUACAUUUAACAUGCAAGGUUAUUCUGAUUAUGUAGUUGUUUAUCUUCGUUUAAUUACAUCUGGACAACUACAAAAAGAUGCUGAGUUUUAUAGGCAUUUCAUUGAAGGUGAUCGAUCAGUUGUUGAAUUUUGUCAUCAAGUAUGCUAAAUUUAAAUUUUUUGUUUUGAGAUUAUUUUAUUAUUAUUAACGUUACGGG